UGUCUCUUGUUCAUCGCUAUGCCUGAGCCUGCAAAGUCCGCCCCCGCCCCGAAGAAGGGCUCCAAGAAGGCCGUGACCAAGGCGCAGAAGAAGGACGGCAAGAAGCGCAAGCGCAGCCGCAAGGAGAGCUACUCGGUGUACGUGUACAAGGUGCUGAAGCAGGUGCACCCCGACACGGGCAUCUCGUCCAAGGCCAUGGGCAUCAUGAACUCAUUCGUCAACGACAUCUUCGAGCGCAUCGCGAGCGAGGCGUCGCGCCUGGCGCACUACAACAAGCGCUCGACCAUCACGUCCCGGGAGAUCCAGACGGCCGUGCGCCUGCUGCUGCCCGGGGAGCUGGCCAAGCACGCCGUGUCCGAGGGCACCAAGGCCGUCACCAAGUACACCAGCUCCAAGUGAGCGCGCGGAUCUAAUUCUUAACCCAAAGGCUCUUUUCAGAGCCACUCAUUUGUUCUUUUAUGAGAACUGUAACUAUCUGCACAACAUAAUUGGGUUUUCGUGG